AUGAAGGUACGUGAUAUCUAUCAAAAGCUGAAGCCAGACACAAUCAAGGGUCUGAUGCUCUAUCAGAUCCUCUAUCACUUUUCAUCUACAUUUGAGCUGAAACAAGCGGAGAUCGAGAUGAUCAAGGAGUAUCUCUCAUCUGGCGAAGCUGCUAUGCUUGAUCAGAGCCGUCUAUCUCCACCAUCACUUGAGUUCAUGGAGCCGAUUAGUGACAAUGAAGAGGAAGGAUGCCAAGAGCAGUUACAAGGGGAGGAUUCCGAUAAUGAUGUAGAUGAACUGGCGAUCUCUCGCUCCUUGAAGCGGCCUGUGGAUAGUUUAGAUCUCGGUAAUAGUGCACCGCUAGAGGAAAGAUCAUUCGAUGGUACACAGACCCGGACAGGAAGGAUUCGGAAGCCACGGCUACCAGAUGGAUUCGAGAUUGGCAGGCUAUAG